AUGACGGGUUUUACCACCGCACGAAACUUCGAGAUUUCUGUUUCGACGACGCCCGUAGCGGAUCUGUCAGACAACCGUGAUUUUGCUGGAAGAGCAACGCGUGAAGAAGAUGUUGCUACAACGUCGAGCCAUCAUCUUGCGCUGGAGACGAAGAAGACAGGGAUUACACGAACGACGGUUUUGGUUGUGAAGUCUUUCCUGGGGGGAGCAUUUUUAUUUCUUCCCCAUGCAGUUAUGAAAGGCGGAGUUGUUCUGUCUCUGUGCACACUCGCAGUGGCAUUUUGCCUUGCCCUGUAUUGCAUUCAACUUCUCUGCGAGUGCUGCGAGCCGGGAGUGCGAGAGACGUAUGAGGCAUUAGGCGAGGCGGCCUACGGAUGGUGGGGCCGAUUUACCAUUGAGAUGUGUGUCAUUUUAUCGCAGCUUGCAUUCUGCACGAUAAACGCCGUGGUGGUCGCAGGGAAUGCUCGAGACGUUGUGUGGACACUCAGCGACUGCUCACCGGAUUACCAUUGGCAGGUCACCACAAUUUUAUGGUUUCUGCUUCUGUUCUACAUCCCUGUCAGUUUAAUUCGGCAUAUGAAACACCUUGCGCCGCUAAUGUUAGUUGGAAACGUCGGAACAGUCGCUGGUGUUGUGCUGCUCAUUGUCGCGGUCAUCGUUGUCGGUUCCACCCAACACGCCACUUCCGUCCCCCUCGCCAACUGGGGGAACUGGCCACUCAUGAUUGGAACAAGUGUCUUCAUGUGGGAAGGAGGGGGCCUCAUUCUCCCGAUUCGAAGCUCUGCGACUAGAAAGGCGCAGAACAUUUUUCCCCUGGUGCUGACAGCCUCUCUCACUGGUCUGCUAAUCCUUUACAUCGGGUACUGCGUUUUGUGCAACGUGGUGCUGGGCGAAAACCUGAAAGUUGUAAUUCUCUCAAACCUUCCGGCUGGCGUGUUGGGAUUGACGGUGCAGUCUGUGUUUGCACUGGCAGUGAUGGCGACGUACCCACUUCUUCUUUUCCCUGCUGCGACAAUCUUGGAGGAACGACUAUCUGCAGUCAUGAAAAUAUCGCACGGGUGCUCAUUUCGGCUUUUCAGUGGAGGACUGCGUUGCGGUCUGGUGGCUCUAACGGUGGUCGUCGCGACGGUAGGGCUGCGACAGUUGGACAGCUUUGUGGCGCUCGUUGGAAGUCUGUGUGGAGCUCCUCUCGCUUUCCUUUUUCCCGCGCUCCUCCACGUGAGACUCAUAAAAGAAAAGUCUCUCCGUAGGAGUCUUUUCGACUGGGUUAUUAUAGUCGGCAGUACGGCCAUUGUGGCGUUCAAUCUGUAUUGGUCCGUCGCCACAUGGCAUGGCACGGACGACUUCCCAUCCCGCUGCAACGGCGGGAUUUGA